AUGCAACUUAUUGCCUACCUGAUCGGAGCCGUGGCUCCUGCAAUGUUGGCUAUGGCUUACAAUGAUAAUUGCGACGGAUCUUUGAUUCCAGCGAACAAAGACGAUUGUCUCAAGGCCAUUUCAAAUGUUGACACGUCGGCAACAUACAACGACGGUAGUCAAUUUAGCGAAGGCGAAUGCUACCUGGUCUACGCUACAAACGGUAGUGGUGAUCAACCCGUCAGCGGACAGAAGAUCCAUGAUGUUGCUCAGGCCAUUGUCGACAAUUGUGACAUGCAACAUGGAAGCUUUGGAACCGAAAACUGCAAUUCGUGCCACGUGACUGUGAAUUACCGCUCUUGA